AUGGAGAGCGGCUCGAAGCAGCGGAGGCGGCAGCACCACUUCGUGCUGGUGCACGGCGCCUGCCACGGCGCGUGGUGCUGGUACAAGGUGGGCACCCUCCUGUCAUCCGCGGGCCACCGCGUGACGGCGCUGGACAUGGCCGCGUGCGGCGCUAGCCCCGGGCGCGCCGAGGAGGUGCCGUCCUUCGAGGAGUACAGCCGGCCGCUCCUGGCCGCGGUGGCCGGCCUGCCACCCGAUGAGAAGGCGGUCCUCGUCGGCCACAGCUUCGGCGGGCUGAACCUCGCGCUAGCCAUGGAGCGGUACCCGGAUAGGGUCGCCGUCGCCGUCUUCGUCGCGGCCGCCAUGCCCGCCGCUGGGAAGCCGAUGGCGUUCGUCCUCGAGCAGGUUUGGCAACAAGAGCACCCAGCUGAUCGCUACAUGGACUGCAAAUUCGAAACCGGCGGCGACCCCCAGCAUCCCGUGGAAACAUUUCGUUUGGUGCCACAGUACCUGAAGCAGAGAUUGUACCAGCUCAGCCCCCCUGAGGACUUGACCCUGGCAGUGGCGAUGGUGAGGCCGUCACAGCGGUUCCAAGACGACGCGACGAUGAAGGGGGACGUCCUGACGGCGGAGCGGUAUGGCGCCGUGAGGCGGGUGUGCGUCGUCGCCGAGGACGACGCGACGGUGCCAGCAGCCUUCCAGCGGCGGAUGGCGUCGUGGAACCCCGGCACGGAGGUGAUGGGGUUGCAGGGAGCUGAUCAUAUGGCCAUGCUCUCAAAACCAAGGGAGCUGUCAGAACUUCUCAUGGAGAUUGCUGACAAGUACAUCAUAUAA